AUGGCGUUUCAAAUGGGGAGAACGGCCAGCGGCCGCGAGUACAAGGUCAAGGACAUGUCGCAGGCCGACUUUGGCCGCCUCGAGAUCGAGCUCGCGGAGGUCCAAAUGCCCGCCCUCAUGUCCUGCCGCUCCGUGUUCGGCCCCUCGCAGCCCUUCAAGGGCGCGAGAAUCACCGGCUCCCUCCACAUGACCGUCCAGACCGCCGUCCUCAUCGAGACCCUCACCGCCCUCGGCGCCGAGGUCCGCUGGUGUCCGGGCAACAUCUUCUCCACCCAGGACCACGCGGCGGCCGCCAUCGCCCGCGACUCCGCUGCCGUCUUCGCCUGGAAGGGCGAGACCCCCCAGGAGUACUGGUGGUGCAUCGAGCAGGCCCUCGACUGGGGACCCGGCGGUGGCCCCGACCUCAUCGUCGACGACGGGGGCAACGCCACCCUCCUUAUCCACGAGGGCGUCAAGGCGGAGGAGGCCUACCAGAACACCGGGAGGCUCCCCGACCCAGCGUCCACGGACAACGCCGAGUUCCAGAUCGUGCUGACCGUAAUCAGGGACGGGAUGAAGACCGAUCCGAAGAGGUAUCACAAGAUGAUGGAUAGACUCGUCGGAGUCUCCGAGGCGACCACCACUGCUGUCGAGAGGUUGUACCGGAUGCAGGCCAAUGGGACUCUCUUAUUCCCUGCAAUUAAUGUCAACGACUCUGUCACCCAAAGCAAGUUUCAAAACUUGUGCGGUUGCCGCCCCUCUGGGCCUGACGGUCUAAUGAUGGCCACCGACGUCGAGAUCGCUGGAAAAGUUGCCGUGGUCUGUGGAUAUGGAGACGUGGGCAAGGACCGUGCUGCUGCUCUCAAGCAGGCUGGUGCUCGUGUCAUUGUGACCGAGACCAAUCCCAUCCGCGCUCUCCAAGCUGUCCAUGAAGGUAUCCAGGUCCUAACCCUCGAGGAUGUUGUCUCCGAGGCCGACAUCUUUGUCGUCACCACCGGCGCCAGUGAGGGCAUCAUCACGGUCCACCACAUGAGGAAGAUGAAGAACAACGCCAUCGUCUGCAACGUCGGUCGCUUCAAUAACGCGAUCGACAUGCCGGGCCUGGAGAACUUCCCGGGCGUGAAGAGCUUCACCACCAAUCCCCAAACGGACAGGUGGGUCUUCCUCGACACCGAGUCGGGCAUCAUCGUGUUGGCGGAGGGACGCCUCGUGAACUUGGGUCGCGCCGCCAGCCACCCCAACUUGGCGACGUCCUGCUCCUUCACGAACCACGCGAUCGCGCAGCUCGAGCUGUGGAUGGAAAGGGACACCGGCAAGUAUGAGAAGAAGGUCUACGUCUUGCCCAAGCAUCUGGACGAGAAGGUGGCGGCUCUUCACCUCGGCAAGCUCGGCGCUAAGCUCACCGAACUUAGCAAGGAGCAUGCCGACUGA